CUGUCACUCUGGUUCAGAUCGCACACCACUCCAGCCGUCCCCCAGCUCACCCACACACACACAGGCGCUGACAGAGAGACAGAGAGGAGGAGAGAGAGGGGGGAGAGAAGGAGAGAGAGAGAGAGAGAGAGAAGAGGAGGAUUUUUUUGUAAUUUCUCCUGAGGAACUGCAGAUAACGUUUUUGUGAGAGAAAGGAUGGCAGAAGGAGGAGAGGGCGAGGAGGAGAUUCAGUUCCUCCGGACGGACGACCAGGUGGUGCUGCAGUGCACUGCGACUGUGCUGAAGGAGCAGAUUAAGCUCUGCCUAUCCUGCGAGGGCUUCGGCAACCGCCUCUGCUUCCUGGAAACCACAUCCAACGCCCAGAAUGUUCCACCAGACCUGGCGAUCUGUUCCUUCAUCUUGGAGCAGUCCCUGUCAGUCCGAGCCCUGCAGGAGAUGCUGGCUAACACCGUGGAGAUGACCGAGUCCUCCCAGGGUGGGGGUCACAGGACCCUGCUGUACGGCCACGCCAUUCUGCUGAGACACACCCACUCCAGCAUGUACCUCAGCUGCCUGACCACUUCUCGAUCGCUCACAGACAAGCUGGCCUUCGACGUGGGUCUGCAGGAGGACUCCACAGGGGAGGCAUGUUGGUGGACCAUCCACCCCGCCUCCAAACAGCGGUCAGAAGGAGAGAAGGUCCGGGUGGGAGAUGACCUCAUCCUGGUCAGCGUGUCGUCCGAGAGAUACCUGCACCUGUCCUACGCCAGCGGGGACCUGAUGGUGGACGCCUCCUUCAUGCAGACCCUGUGGAGCAUUAACCCCGUAUGCUCCGGCUGUGAGCUGGCUGAGGGGUUUCUGACGGGGGGGCACGUCCUCCGCCUCUUCCACGGUCACAUGGACGAGUGUUUAGCCAUCUCCUCGGCCGACCAAGGAGACGACCGCAGAAACGCCCAGUAUGAGGGCGGGGCAGUGUGCAGCCAGGCUCGAUCUCUGUGGAGGUUGGAGCCCCUGCGAAUCAGCUGGAGCGGGGGCCAUAUGAAAUGGGGGCAGCCGUUCCGCGUGCGCCACAUCACCACCGGACGCUACCUGUGUCUGGACGAGGAGAAGGGGCUGAUGGUGCUGGACCCAGACAGAGCCAACACAAAGAUGUCCGCCUUCUGCCUGCGAGUCUCCAAGGAGAAGACGGAGGUGGCUCACAAGCGGGACGUGGAGGGCAUGGGCAUUCCAGAGAUAAAGUAUGGGGAGUCCAUGUGCUUUGUCCAGCACGUAUCCACCGGCCUGUGGCUCACCUACGCCUCCGUGGACGCCAAGGCUGCCCGCCUGGGCCUGCUCAAGAGGAAGGCCAUUCUGCACCAGGAGGGGCACAUGGACGAUGCCAUGUCUGUGUCCCGCUCUCAGAUUGAGGAGUCGCAGGCCGCCCGUAUGAUCUACAGCACCAACGGCCUCUUCAACCUGUUCAUCAAGGGUCUGGACUCUCUGCGGGGGAAGAACAAGCCCUCCAGCCCCGUGUCCCUGCCCCUGGAGGGGGUGGUCCUGUCCCUGCAGGACCUCAUCUUCUACUUCAGCCCCCCUGAGGAGGAGCUGGAGCACGAGGAGAAACAGACCAAGCUGCGCUCUCUCCGCAACCGGCAGAACCUCUUCCAGGAGGAGGGCAUGAUCACACUGGUGCUGGACUGUAUCGAUCGGCUGAACGUGUACAACACCGCCGCCCACUUCUCCGAGUUCGCUGGAGAGGAAGCAGCUGAGUCCUGGAAGGAGAUUGUUAACCUGCUGUACGAGCUUCUGGCCUCUCUGAUAAGAGGAAACCGGGCGAACUGCGCUCUGUUCUGUGAUAAUCUGGACUGGAUCGUCAGCAAACUGGACCGGCUGGAAGCUUCCUCAGGUAUUCUGGAGGUGCUGCACUGCGUCCUCAUCGAGAGUCCAGAGGUUCUCAACAUCAUCCAGGAGAACCACAUCAAGUCCAUCAUCUCCCUGUUGGAUAAGCACGGACGCAAUCAUAAGGUUCUGGAUGUUCUUCGCUCCCUGUGUGUGUGUAAUGGAGUGGCUGUGCGAUCCAAUCAGAACCUCAUCACAGAGAAUCUGCUUCCGGGUCGUGACCUCCUGCUGCAAACCAGCAUCGUCAACUAUGUCAGCAGCGUCAGACCCAACAUCUUCCUGGGCAAGUGCGAGGGCUCCACGCAGUAUAAGAAGUGGUAUUUCGAGGUGAUAGUGGACUACGUGGAGCCCUUCGCCACGGCUCAGGCUGCCCACCUGCGCGUGGGCUGGGGCCUGACCGAGGGCUACAGCCCCUACCCUGGGGGGGGCGAGGGCUGGGGGGGCAACGGCGUGGGGGACGACCUCUACUCCUACGGGUACGACGGCCAGAACUUGUGGUCAGGGCACGUUCCUCGGCAGGUGGCCUCGCCCAAUCCGCACGCGCUGGCUGCGGACGACGUGGUCAGCUGCUGCCUGGAUCUGAGCGUGCCCAGUAUCUCCUUCCGCAUCAACGGCCACCCCGUGCAGGGCAUGUUCGAGAACUUCAACCUGGACGGCCUCUUCUACCCCGCCAUCAGCUUCGCCGCCGGUGUCAAGGCACGUUUCCUCUUGGGCGGUCGUCAUGGAGACUUCAAAUUCCUCCCUCCCCCCGGGUAUGCCCCCUGCUACGAGGCCCUUCUGCCCAAAGACAGGAUGCGAAUCGAGCCCAUCAAGGAGUACAAGCACGACUUUGAGGGCAUCCGAAACCUGCUGGGGCCCACACAGUCCCUGACACACACGUCCUUCACCCCCUGCCCGGUGGACACUGUGCAGAUAGUGCUACCGCCUCAUCUGGAGCGCAUCCGAGAGAAGCUGGCGGAAAACAUCCACGAGCUGUGGGCGGUCACCCGCAUCGAGCAGGGCUGGACCUAUGGGCUGUUCCGCGACGACAACAAGAAACUGCAUCCGUGUCUGGUGGACUUCCAGAGUCUCCCUGAGCCGGAGAGAAACUACAACCUGCAGAUGUCAGGAGAGACCCUGAAGACCCUGUUGGCUCUGGGGUGCCAUGUGGGCAUGGGCGAUGAGAAGGCAGAGGAAAACCUGAAGAAAAUAAAGCUUCCCAAAACAUACAUAAUGAGCAGCAGCUACAAACCGGCCCCACUGGACCUCAGCCACGUCAAACUGACGCCCAAUCAGAACACCCUGGUGGAGAAGCUGGCGGAGAACGGGCACAACGUUUGGGCGCGGGACAGGGUGCGACAAGGCUGGACCUACAGCAUCGUGCAGGAUAUUAUGAACAAGCGCAACCCUCGCCUGGUGCCCUACAACCUGCUGGAUGAGAAAACCAAGAAGACCAAUCGGGACAGUGUAUGCGCUGCAGUCCGCACUCUGAUUGGCUACGGAUACAACAUUGAGCCACCUGACCAGGAGAGCAGUGGUCAUGGGGUGGAGAACACGUGUGGGGACAAGGUGCGUCUGUUCCGAGCAGAGAAGUCGUAUGCGGUGACUCACGGGAAAUGGUACUUUGAGUUUGAGGCGAUGACGGUGGGGGAGAUGAGAGUGGGGUGGGCCAGACCCAGCGUGCGGUCCGACACUGAGCUGGGCGCCGACGACCUGGCUUACGUCUUCAACGGCUUCAAGGCUCAGCGCUGGCAUGUGGGGAACGAGCCGUUCGGGAGGCAGUGGCAGUCGGGGGAUGUGGUGGGCUGCAUGAUCGACCUGGCGGAGAUGAACAUCAUGUUCACGCUCAACGGCGAGAUGCUCAUCAGUGACUCAGGCUCUGAGAUGGCCUUCAAGGACAUCGAGAUCGGGGAGGGAUUCAUCCCGGUCUGCUCAUUGGGCCUGUCUCAGGUGGGCCGGCUCAACCUGGGCCAGAACGUCAGCAGCCUGCGGUACUUCGCCAUCUGCGGCCUGCAGGAGGGCUUCGAGCCCUUCGCCAUCAACAUGAAGCGCGACAUCACCAUGUGGUUCAGCAAGAGUCUGCCCCAGUUCGUGCCUGUCCCGGCAGACCACAAGCACGUGGAGGUGUCCCGCAUCGACGGGACCGAGGAGAGUGCCCCCUGUCUGAAGCUGACCCACAGGACGUUUGGCUCGCAGAACGCCAACACGGACCUGAUGUUCCUGCGCCUCAGCAUGCCUGUGGAGUUCCACGAGACCUUCAAGGUGCCAGCGGGCACCACGCCCCUCACCCGCACCCUCACCAUCCCCGAGGACGAGGUGGUGGAGGUGGACCCCGACUCCGACUUCGAGGUGCUGAAGAAGUCAGCCAGCCGCAAGGAGCAGGAUGAGAAGGAGAAGGAGCCCUCCGUGCCCAAGGAGCUGCCCGCCGCCAAGGAGAACGAGAAGGACGUGACCACGGAGAAGGUCAAGAGGAGAGGAUUCCUGUUUAAGGCCAAGAAGGCAGCCCUGAUCACCCCCCCUCCUGUGGUCCCCACCGUGCCCCGCCUGGUGGAGGACGUGGUCCCAGACGACCGGGAUGACCCUGAAAUCAUCCAGAACACCACCACCUAUUAUUAUUCGCUGCGGAUCUUCGCGGGGCAGGAGCCCAGUGCAGUGUGGGUAGGCUGGGUCACGCCCGACUAUCACCAGUUUGGGCACGGCUUUGACCUCAGCAGAGUGCGCACUGUCACCGUCACCGUGGGAGACGACAAGGGCAACAUCCACGACAGUAUGAAACACAGUAACUGCUACAUGGUUUGGGGAGGAGACCUCGGCAACAGCUCACAACAGGCCCGCUUCACUCAGGAGGACCUGGUGGUUGGCUGCCUGGUUGACCUGGCAACUGGUCUCAUGACCUUCACAGCCAAUGGGAAGGAGGUGAACACCUUCUACCAGGUGGAGCCCAACACUAAGCUGUUCCCCGCUGUGUUCGUUGAGCCGACCAGCCAGAACAUGCUUCAGCUGGAGCUGGGCAAACUCAAGAACAUCAUGCCCAUUUCGGCGGCCAUGUUCCACAGCGAGAGGAAGAACCCCGUGCCCCAGUGCCCGCCACGGCUCGACGUGCAGAUGCUGACACCGGUGAUCUGGAGCCGCAUGCCUAACCACUUCCUGUCGCCGGAGGUGGCGCGCGUGAGCGAGCGCAACGGCUGGGCGGUGGAGUGCAGCGAGCCGCUAACCAUGAUGGCGCUCCACAUCCCCGAGGAGAACAGGUGCAUCGACAUCCUGGAGCUGUCGGAGCGUCUGGACCUGCUGAAGUUCCACUACCACACGCUGAUGCUGUACUGCGCCGUGUGCGCGCUAGGCAACAACCGUGUGGCGCACGCGCUGUGCAGCCACGUGGACGAGUCGCAGCUGUUCUACGCCAUCGAGAACACCUUCCUGCCCGGGCCGCUGCGCAGCGGCUACUACGACCUGCUCAUCAGCAUCCACCUGGAGUCGGCCAAGCGCGCCCGGCUGCUCACCAACAAGGAGUUCAUCGUGCCCAUGACCCCGGAGACGCUCAGCAUCACGCUCUACCCCGACGAGCAGCAGGCCCACGCCCUGCCCGGGGUGGGGCUCACCACCUGCCUGCGCCCCAAGCCGCACUUCUCACACGUCAACUUUGUGGGCACCGACCCCGACCUGUACACCCUCAGCCCCGUUAUACCCCUGGAGAUGCUGAAGAUAAAGGCCAUCAGCAUGCUGACAGAGGCGGUGAUGGACGGUACGCAGGCCAUGCGCGAUCCAGUAGGGGGCAGUGUGGAGUUCCACUUCGUGCCCAUCCUGAAGCUGGUCAGCACCCUGCUCAUCAUGGGCAUCUUCGACGACAACGAUGUCAAGCACAUCCUCAAGAUGAUCGAACCCACCGUCUUCAACGGGGGAAGUGGGGAGGCCGGGGGCGAGGGAGAGGAGGAGGAAGAGGGGGAGGAGGUGAAGGAGGAAGAGGAGGGGGAGCAGGAGGAUGAGGGGGUGGGGGAGGAAGAGGAGGAGCCCCUGGAUGUGGGGGAGGAAGAAGAGGAGGAUGAGGAACUGAAAGAGCUGGGGGCUGAGAAGGAGGGUGAGGAAGAGGAGGAGCAAGCGAAGGAGGAGGGAGAGGGAGAAGGAGGGAAGGUGGAUGCAGAGAAGGCAGAGGAAGAGAAGGAGGUGGAGGCUGGUGAGGAGCAGGCCAAGGAGGAAGAGGAGGCUCCUGAGGAGGGACUACUGCAGAUGACACUGCCAGAGUCUGUCAAACUGCAGAUGUGUAUCCUGCUCCAGUAUUUCUGUGACUGUGAGCUGAGGCACAGGGUUGAGGCCAUCAUUGCGUUCUCAGACCAGUUCGUCAACCAGAUCCAGUCCAACCAGCGCAUGCGCUACAACGAGCUGAUGCAGGCUUUCACGAUGUCCGCCGCCGAAACCGCCAGAAGGACCCGUGAGUUCCGCUCACCGCCGCAGGAGCAGGUUAUUCUGCUGACACAUUUCAAGCAUGGUCCGGAGGAGGAAGACUGUCCCGUUCCAGAAGAAAUCCGGGAAUCCCUGAAUGAGUUCCACAAUUGCCUGCUAGCUCAUUGUGGUGUGCACAUCGAGGAAGAGGAGGAGGAAGAGGAGGAGGACAGGUCCCUGCGUGGACGGCUCCUCAGCAUGGUGGAGAAGGUGAAGAGCCUCCGCAAGAAGAAGGAGGAGGACGAGGAACCAGAACCAGAGGAAGAGGCCAAACCCAGCACCCUGCAGGAGCUCAUCUCCCACACCAUGAUCCACUGGGCCCAGGAGUCGUUCAUCCAGAACCCGGAGCUGGUGCGGCUGAUGUUCAGCCUGCUCCACCGGCAGUACGACGGGCUAGGGGAGCUGAUCCGCGCCCUGCCCAAGGCCUAUACCAUCAACGCCGUGUCAGUGCAGGACACCAUGGACCUGCUGGAGUGCCUGGGCCAGAUCCGCUCCCUGCUCAUCGUGCAGAUGGGCCCCGAGGAGGAGAGGCUGAUGAUCCAGAGCAUCGGGAACAUCAUGAAUAACAAGGUGUUCUACCAGCACCCUAACCUGAUGCGAGCACUGGGCAUGCAUGAGACCGUCAUGGAGGUCAUGGUCAAUGUGCUGGGCGGCGGCGGAGACUCCAAGGAGAUCCGCUUCCCUCAGAUGGUGACCAACUGCUGCCGCUUCCUGUGCUACUUCUGCCGCAUCAGCCGGCAGAACCAGCGCUCCAUGUUCGACCACCUCAGCUACCUGCUCCAGAACAGCGGCAUUGGCCUGGGCAUGCGUGGCUCCACCCCCCUGGAUGUUGCGGCAGCGUCCUGCAUCGACAACAACGAGCUGGCCCUCGCUCUGCAGGAGCAGGACCUGGAGAUGGUGGUGACGUACCUGGCUGGCUGUGGGCUCCAGAGCUGCCCCAUGCUGCUGUCGAAGGGGUACCCCGACAUCGGCUGGAACCCCUGCGGAGGGGAGCGCUACCUGGACUUCCUGCGCUUCGCCGUGUUCGUCAACGGCGAGAGCGUGGAGGAGAACGCUAACGUGGUGGUGCGUCUGCUGAUCCGGAGGCCCGAGUGCUUCGGCCCCGCCCUGAGAGGGGAGGGGGGCAACGGCCUGCUGGCCGCCAUCGAGGAGGCCAUCAAAAUCUCAGAGGACCCCGCCCGGGACGGGCCCACUGUUAAGAAGGACCGCCGCUUCAUGUUUGGUGGGGAGGAGCAGCAGGAGGAGAGCAGGGUGCAUCUUGGGAAUGCCAUCAUGUCCUUCUACUCCGCGCUCAUCGACCUGCUGGGUCGCUGCGCCCCUGAGAUGCACUUGAUCCAGGCCGGUAAGGGGGAGGCUCUGAGGAUUCGGGCGAUUCUGCGCUCCCUGGUGCCCAUCGAGGACCUGGUGGGGGUCAUCAGCCUGCCAGUCCACAUCCCCGCCAUCGGGAAAGACGGGAACAUCAUCGAGCCCAAGAUGUCCGCCAGCUUUGUGCCAGACCACAAGGCCUCCAUGGUGCUGUUCCUGGACAGGGUCUACGGCAUCGACAACCAGGACUUCCUGCUUCAUGUGCUGGAGGUGGGCUUCCUGCCGGACAUGAGAGCCACCGCUUCGCUUGACACGGCGGCGUUCAGCACCACGGAGAUGGCGCUGGCUCUGAACCGGUACCUGUGCUCCGCGGUGCUACCGCUCAUCACCAAGUGUGCGCCGCUGUUCGCCGGCACCGAGCACCGCGCCAUCAUGGUGGACUCCAUGCUGCACACCAUCUACCGCCUGUCCCGCGGGCGAGCCCUCACCAAGGCCCAGAGGGACAUCAUCGAAGACUGCCUCAUGUCCCUGUGCAAGUACCUCCGCCCCUCCAUGCUGCAGCACCUGCUAAGGCGGCUGGUGUUUGAUGUGCCCAUUCUCAACGAAUACGCCAAGAUGCCCCUCAAGCUAUUGACCAAUCACUAUGAGCGAUGCUGGAAAUACUACUGCCUGCCCAAUGGCUGGGCCAAUUUUGGCGUGACAUCAGAAGAGGAGCUGCAUCUCUCCCGAAAACUCUUCUGGGGCAUCUUUGAGUCCCUCGCACACAAGAAAUUUGAUGCAGAGCUGUUUAAGAUCGCCAUGCCCUGUAUCUGUGCCAUUGCCGGGGCUAUACCCCCGGACUAUGUGGACGCCAGUUUCACCAGCACUGAGAAAAAGGCUUCAGUCGACGCUGAGGGCAACUUCGACCCCAAACCUGUGGAGACCACCAACACCAUCAUCCCUGAGAAACUAGAUGCCUUCAUCAACAAAUAUGCAGAACAUACUCAUGACAAGUGGGCCUUCGAAAAGAUUCAGAACAACUGGACGUAUGGGGAGCUUCUGGACGAGAACGCCAAGACCCACCCCAUGCUGAGGCCGUAUAAGACCUUCUCAGAGAAGGACAAGGAGAUUUACCGCUGGCCCAUCAAGGAGUCGGUGAAAGCCAUGAUCGCCUGGGAGUGGACUCUGGAAAAAGCCAGGGAUGGAGAGGAGGAGAAGGUUGCAAAGACGACGACACGCAAGAUAUCGCAGACGGCCCAGGCCACCUAUGACCCCAGCCACGGCUACAGCCCCCAGCCCAUCGACAUCUCUGGCAUGGCCCUGUCCCGGGAGCUGCAGUCCAUGGCGGAACAGCUAGCAGAGAACUACCACAACACCUGGGGCAGGAAGAAGAAGCUGGAGCUCCAUGCCAAAGGGGGCGGAACCCACCCCCUGCUGGUGCCCUAUGACACCCUGACGGCCAAGGAGAAGGCUCGGGAUCGAGAGAAAGCCCAGGACCUGCUCAAGUUCCUGCAGCUCAACGGAUACGCUGUGACCAGGGGGAUGAAGGACAUGGAGCAGGAUAUCUCCUCCAUAGAGAAGCGCUUUGCCUACGGCUUCCUGCAGAAGCUGCUCAAGUGGAUGGACAUCGCUCAGGAGUUCAUUGCUCACUUGGAGGCUGUGGUGAGCAGUGGCAGAGUGGAGAAGUCACCCCAUGAACAGGAGAUUAAAUUCUUCGCUAAGAUCCUGCUUCCGCUGGUGAACCAGUACUUCAAAAACCACUGCCUGUACUUCCUGUCCACCCCGGCCAAAGUGCUGGGCAGCGGAGGCCACUCCUCCAACAAGGAGAAGGAAAUGAUUGCCAGUAUCUUCUGUAAGAUGGCAGCUCUGGUGAGACACAGAGUUUCUCUCUUUGGAACGGACGCCUCUGCAGUGGUCAACUGUCUGCACAUCCUGUCUCGAUCGCUGGAUGCAAGGACGGUGAUGAAGUCGGGGCCGGAGAUUGUCAAAGCAGGCCUGCGUUCCUUUUUCGAGAGCGCGGCUGACGACAUCGAGAAAAUGGUGGAGAACCUCAAACUCGGGAAGGUGUCCAGCCGGAACCAGGUGAAGGGAGUGGCCCAGAACAUAAACUACACCACCAUCGCCCUGCUUCCCGUGCUCACCUCCCUGUUCGACCACAUUGCCCAGCACCAGUUUGGAGAUGAUGUCAUCUUGGAUGAUCUGCAGAUUUCCUGCUACCGUAUCAUGUGUAGCAUCUAUUCUCUGGGCACUGUCAAGAACCCACACGUGGAGAAGCACAGGCCAGCUCUGGGUGAGUGUCUGGCCCAUCUCGCUGCUGCCAUGCCUGUGGCCUACCUGGAGCCAUACCUCAAUGAGUACAACGCUUACUCCGUCUACACCACCAAGACCCCGCGGGAAAGAGCGAUCCUGGGCCUCCCUAACCAAGUGCAGGAGCUGUGCCCAGACAUCCCAGAGCUGGAUGUCCUCAUGAAGGAGAUCGGGGACCUGGCAGAGUCUGGUGCCCGCUACACGGAGAUGCCCCACGUGAUCGAGAUCACCCUGCCCAUGCUGUGCAAUUACCUGCCUCGCUGGUGGGAGAGGGGGGCGGAGAACUUCCCCGAGCAGGAGGGCGAGCUCUGCACCGAGGUCACCUCCGAACACCUCAACCAGCUUCUGGGCAGCAUCAUGAAGAUCGUGGUCAACAACUUGGGCAUCGACGAGGCCUCCUGGAUGAAGAGGCUGGCCGUGUUUGCUCAGCCCAUCGUGAGCAGGGCCAAGCCGGAGAUGCUGAAGUCGCACUUCAUCCCCACCAUGGAGAAGUUGAAGAAGCGCAGCGGGAAGGUGGUGGCCGAGGAGGACCACCUGCGCAUGGAGGGGAAGACCGAGGCUGACAGCGAGGAGGGAACCAUCCGGGACGAGUUUGCCGUGCUCUGCAGGGACCUCUACGCCCUCUACCCCCUGCUCAUCCGCUAUGUGGACAACAAUAGGGCGAGGUGGCUGACGUGUCCAGAUCCUGAUGCAGAGGACCUUUUCAGGAUGGUGGGAGAGGUCUUCAUUUUCUGGUCCAAGUCUCACAACUUCAAGCGGGAGGAGCAGAACUUUGUGGUGCUGAAUGAGAUCAACAACAUGUCGUUCCUCACAGCCGACAGCAAGAGCAAGAUGAGCAAGGCCGGAGACGGAGAGGGUGGUGGCUCAGAUGUGGAGCGUUCCAAGAAGAAGAGGCGGGGGGACCGCUACUCUGUGCAGACCUCGCUCAUCGUGGCCGCCCUGAAAAAGAUGCUGCCCAUCGGACUCAACAUGUGCUCCCCUGCCGACCAGGAGCUCAUAAACUUGGCGAAGAUACGAUACUCCCUGAAAGACACAGAUGAGGAAGUGAGAGAGUUCUUGCAGAACAACUUGCAUCUCCAGGGCAAGGUGGAGGACCCCUCCAUGCGCUGGCAGAUGGCUCUCUACAAGGAGACCUCUGGGAAGGCGGAGGAUGCCGAGAACCCAGAGAAGGUGGUGAAGAGAGUGCAGGAGGUCUCCGCUGUGCUGUAUCACAUUGAGGUGACGGAGCACCCCUUCAAGUCUAAGAAGAUGGUGUGGCAUAAACUCCUGUCGAAACAGCGCCGCAGGGCUGUUGUGGCCUGUUUCAGAAUGACACCCUUGUACAACAUUCCCAGACACAGAGCAUCCAACAUGUUCCUGGACGGUUAUAAACGCAACUGGAUAGAGACAGAGGGAUACUCGUUUGAAGACAGAAUGAUUGAUGAUUUGUCUAAAACCAUGGAGGAAGAGGAGGAGGAGGAAGAAGAGACUGAAUCGAAGCCCGACCCCCUUCACCAGCUCAUCCUGCACUUCAGCCGCACGGCUCUCACCGAGAAGACUAAACUUGAUGAGGAUUAUCUAUACAUGGCAUACGCCGAUAUUAUGGCAAAGAGCUGCCACAUUGGUGAGGAAGACGAAGGUGGAGAGGAGGGUGGCGAGGAUGAGAUGUCCUUUGAGGUGCGGCAGACAGAGAUGGAGAAGGAGAUGGAGAAGCAGAGGCUCCUGUACCAGCAGUCUCGGCUGCACGAGCGUGGAGCGGCAGAGAUGGUCCUGCAGAUGAUCAGCGCCUGUAAAGGUGAGCCGGGAGCCAUGGUGUCCUCCACCCUGAAGCUGGGCAUCUCCAUCCUGAACGGGGGGAACUGCGAUGUGCAGCAGAAAAUGCUGGACUAUCUGAAGGAUAAGAAGGACGUGGGAUUUUUCCUGAGUGCACAGGCCCUGAUGCAGACCUGCAGUGUGUUGGAUCUGAAUGCCUUUGAGAGGCAGAAUAAGGCGGAGGGGCUGGGAAUGGUAUCAGAAGAGGGAACCAACAUCAAGCUAGAACGUGAUGAGAAGGUCAUGGCUGACGAUGAGUUCACCUGUGACCUCUUCCGCUUCCUGCAGCUGCUCUGUGAGGGUCACAACAACGACUUCCAGAACUACUUGCGCACACAGACGGGAAGCACCACCACCAUCAACAUCAUCAUCUGUACUGUGGACUACCUACUGCGGCUACAGGAGUCCAUCAGUGAUUUCUACUGGUACUAUUCUGGGAAGGAUAUCAUCGAUGAGCCGGGCAAGAGGAACUUCUCCAAAGCCAUGACGGUGGCCAAGCAGGUGUUCAACAGCCUGACAGAGUACAUCCAGGGCCCAUGUACAGGUAAUCAGCAGUCCCUGGCUCACAGCAGGCUGUGGGACGCAGUGGUCGGCUUCCUGCAUGUCUUCGCUCACAUGAUGAUGAAGCUGGCGCAGAUGCAUCCUCGAGAAGGACUUCGAAACGGAGAUUCAAGUCAGAUCGGCCUGCUGAAGGAGCUCCUGGAUCUUCAGAAGGACAUGGUGGUCAUGCUACUCUCUCUCCUAGAGGGUAAUGUUGUGAAUGGCACCAUCGCCCGUCAAAUGGUGGACAUGCUGGUGGAGUCGUCCAGCAACGUGGAGAUGAUACUCAAGUUCUUCGACAUGUUCCUCAAACUGAAGGACAUCGUGGCCUCCGACGCCUUCCUCGACUACGUGACCGACCCCCGUGGGCUCAUCUCCAAGAAGGACUUCCAGAAGGCUAUGGACAGCCAGAAGCAGUACUCCAUGGCUGAGAUCCAGUUCCUGCUCUCCUGCUCCGAGGCCGAUGAGAACGAGAUGAUCAACUUCGAAGAGUUUGCCGACCGCUUCCAGGAACCGGCCAAGGACAUCGGCUUCAACAUCGCCGUGCUGCUCACCAACCUGUCGGAGCACGUGCCCCACGACACACGGCUGCAGAACUUCCUGGAGCAGGCCGAGAGCGUGCUCAACUACUUCCGCCCCUUCCUGGGUCGCAUCGAGAUCAUGGGCGCCAGCCGGAAGAUUGAGCGCAUCUACUUCGAGAUCAGCGAGGCCAACCGCAACCAGUGGGAGAUGCCGCAGGUGCGGGAGUCCAAGAGGCAGUUCAUCUUCGACGUGGUCAACGAGGGCGCCGAGUCGGAGAAGAUGGAGCUCUUUGUCAACUUCUGCGAGGACACCAUCUUUGAGAUGAACAUCGCCUCGCAGAUCUCCGAGCAGGAGGAAGAGGAGAAGGAGGACGACGACGAGGAAGAGGCAGGUGGAGCAGAGGGGAACGGAGGAAGAGAGGGCGGGGAAGGCGACGAGGCCAACGGAGAGGAGGGCCCGCCCGAGUCCAGCUCCGCCUUCGCCGACUUCAUCACCAGCGUGGUGGACUUCCUGAACAUGUUCACCUUCCGGAACCUUCGGCGGCAGUACCGGCGCCUGCGGAAGAUGACCAUCCGGGACAUGGUGGUGGGCUUGGCCUGCUUCUUCUGGACCAUCCUAGUGGGCAUCCUGCACUUCAUCUACAGCGUGUGCAAGGGCUUCUUCCUGCUCAUUUGGACCACCCUCUUCGGUGGCGGCAUGGUGGAGAGUGCCAAGAAGAUGACGGUGACGGAGAUCCUGGCCAGCAUGCCGGACCCCACGCAGGACGAGGUGCACGGGGACCUGCCCCCGGAAGCCGGGACGCGGGAGGAGCAGGAAGCCGGGGGAGCGGCCGAUGCCAUGGACGUGGGCGUGGGUGAGGAAGAGGAGGAGGACAGCAAGGAGAAGGAGGGUGGCCGGCUGCCAGGGUUCGACACCCCUGGGGGGCUUGGGGACAUCGGCGAGCCCACCACGGUGGAACCCCCCACCCCAGAGGGCACCCCCUUAGCCAAGAGAAAGCUGCUGACAGCCUCAGAGGAAGAGCAAGCUGCCCCAGAGGCUGUAGAGGAACCAGCCCCAGAACCAGAGAAAGCUGACACUGAGAAUGGAGAGAAGGCCGAAAAGGAGUCAGAGGAAAAAGUGGAGGAACCGAAAGAGGAGCCAGAAGUGGAGGAGGAGAAAGAGAAGGUGAAAGCCAAGCCCCAGAAAGAAAAGCCGACGACUGGAGAGGAUGCCUUCGAGCUCUGGAACGAGCUGGAGGUGCAGAGGAUCAAGUUCAUGAACUACCUCUCCCGCAACUUCUACAACCUGCGCUUCCUGGCGCUCUUCAUCGCCUUCGCUCUCAACUUCAUCCUGCUCUUCUACAAGGUGUCGGACUCUCCCCGAGGUGAGGAGGAGUUUGAGGGCUCGGCGAUGUUUGAAGGCUCUGGUGUGUUCGAGGGCUCCGGGGGCGAGCCGGAAGGUUCCGGAAUGGAGGAAGGAGGAGAUGAGGAGGAGGAUGAAGGCCUGGUGUACUUCUUCCUGGAGGAAAGCACUGGAUACAUGCAGCCGGCGCUGUUGUUCCUCGCCUUCGUGCACACCGUCAUCUCCUUCCUCUGCAUCAUCGGAUACAACUGCCUCAAGGUUCCCCUGGUCAUAUUUAAGAGAGAGAAGGAACUGGCUCGCAAGCUGGAGUUUGACGGUGUGUACGUCACGGAACAGCCCGAGGAUGACGACAUCAAGGGCCAAUGGGACCGACUGGUGCUCAACACACCGUCUUUCCCCACCAACUACUGGGACAAGUUUGUGAAGAGAAAGGUUCUGGAUAAGUACGGUGAUAUCUAUGGCAGAGAGAGGAUCGCUGAGCUCCUGGGAAUGGACUUGGCCUCUCUGGACGUCAGCGCUCAGCAACAGGAGAAGAAAUCAGAACCUGACAACUCCAUAUUCAACUGGGUCACCACCAUUGAUGUCAAGUACCAGAUCUGGAAGUUUGGCGUGGUUUUCACAGACAAUACCUUCCUCUACCUGGUGUGGUACAUGGUGAUGUCACUGCUCGGCCACUACAACAACUUCUUCUUCGCCAGUCACCUGCUGGACAUCGCCAUGGGUGUGAAGACCCUACGCACCAUCCUGUCCUCGGUCACCCACAACGGCAAGCAGCUGAUGAUGACAGUGGGGCUGCUGGCGGUGGUGGUGUAUCUCUACACCGUGGUGGCCUUCAACUUUUUCCGCAAGUUCUACAACAUGAGUGAGGAUGAGGAUGAGCCAGACAUGAAGUGCGACGACAUGAUGACGUGCUAUCUGUUCCACAUGUAUGUGGGCGUGCGAGCUGGUGGUGGUAUUGGUGACGAGAUUGAAGACCCAGCAGGAGAUGAGUACGAGCUUUACCGUGUGGUCUUUGACAUCACCUUCUUCUUCUUCGUCAUUGUCAUCCUGCUGGCCAUCAUUCAGGGUCUGAUUAUCGAUGCCUUUGGUGAGCUGAGAGACCAACAGGAGCAAGUCAGAGAGGACAUGGAGACUAAGUGCUUCAUCUGCGGGAUCGGGAGCGACUACUUCGACACGACGCCGCACGGCUUUGAAACACACACCCUGGAAGAGCACAACCUGGCUAACUACAUGUUCUUCCUGAUGUACUUGAUUAAUAAGGACGAAACGGAGCACACAGGACAGGAAUCCUAUGUCUGGAAGAUGUACCAGGAACGCUGCUGGGAUUUCUUCCCGGCUGGAGACUGUUUCAGGAAGCAAUAUGAGGAUCAGCUGGGAUAAACCUGUGUCAGAGUGUGUGUGUGCGUGUGUGUGGGUGCGCUUAUGUGUGUGUGUGUGUGUGUAUGUGUGUGUGUGUGUGCAUACAUAUGGUGUAAGAGAGAUAGAGAAAAAGAGGUGGAAUUGAGGUGAAGACGUUGAUUUCAGGGGCAAAGGGCCACCCAUUUUGAGCUGUAUUUCUCCUGUAUUUCUUCUGUAUUUCACACACACCCACACACACACACACACACACGCACACAUACAAACAUACACACACACACACACACACACACACACACACACACACACACAUAGCACCCCCUGCUACGAAGAGUGACAUUGAUAUAUAAAAUAUAUGAAGGAGUGAAUGUUGUAAUGUGAGAGAUGUACAGACAGAUUGUUAUUCUGUAAAUACACUCCAUGGCCUUCCUUUUGUGUUGAGGAAUCAAGACACCGAACGUGUGAGACUGCCUGAACUCAGCUGGCACACUCACACACACACACACACACACACACACACACACACAAAGCACAUUGCACUGCCUGACAACUUUCAUAACAGUAACCAGAGUAACCUAAAAUAAAAAAGUGCUUCUUGAUGAUGAUGAUUAUCAUUAUUAUUCUCAGUAAUAAUAUAACUGUUAUUACUAAUUGUACAUUUAGGCUAUGUAUUAGUGCUAAACAAAUGUUGUUAUGUUAUUAAUAACCUUAUGAUUUGUGAGUUACUUAAUUUAAUGGUUGAUGUAAGAAAAUAUCCCCAGUGCUGUGGUGUGUUGGAUUGCUAGAAGGUUGUUCAGCCACUCUCCAAAAACCAGACUCUUCUGCUUCAGAUGAAAUGAAACACAGUAGGAAAUGGGAUGGAAGACAACCUCCCUGACUGCUCCCAGUGCAGUGCCCUGCAGUGUGUGCAGUGAAUUCUGGCAGGCAGACUCUCUAGUUAAGCCACACUGCUCCUAAUUGUAGCUCCAUAGCUGCGAUUGGUCACUCGCGCCAUUCAGGUCCCCUCAGAUAUGUACAUCUAUGUUCAUAUAUUUUAUUUAGUGUCUGGUUGUCAGGAAUGAACAGUUGUCCUGGUUGUCAUAUCCAAUCAAUGAACAGCAAUAGAGACGGGAGACCGGCUCUCACUUUGAAGUCUUACAAUGCAGUUUCUCUGCCUGUCACGCCAUCUUGGAAAGCUGGGGGAAAUGACAGAAGAGGGUCAAAACCAUGUCAGGUUCAGCUUGUGUGAUUUACUCCUCUCCUUGAAGAGACAAUGCAAUUCUCCAUAUAUUUCCUUCUUGAACUACUGUUAUUUAUGUGUUACCAUCUACAAAGUAUUUAUUUUUCAAUGUGUCAUUAAUGAUGAAUAAGUGUAUAUGUAUGUGACCCAUCAUCACCUCCACCUCUAAACCUGAACAGGAACCAGGCUGAGGAGUUGUGUGAUAAGGGUCUAACACUGAAAAACCGUCCUUUUUACUUUUGAGUUCUGAAGAUAUAUGAAGCUCUAAGCUGCUCUGUUUUAGUCCAUAUUUCACUCUCCAUUUCUGAUGGGAUGGGGUGAGGUAAAUAUGAAAUAAAUGAUAAAAAACUGAAGUUUAAGUCCGGUUUGCAGUCAAGGGCAAGACAUGGCUUUCGUGGUUUCCGUAGUUUAGAUUGUUAAGAAUAAUUUUUGGGGAAUAUUCUUAUCUAGGUAGUUAAAGCCAUUUGGUGAAAUAAAUCAGAAAGUAUGUCCCCACUCCCAGCUAAAAGCAGAACAAACACAGACACAAACAUACUGGCUGUUAUGCAACCUACACUUUCAAAUCUUGUGAUUGGUUGUAUUCGUUGACACUGAAUGUAUAAAAAGAUGAUUGGCUGAUGUGUGUAAGGGACUCUGUGUGUGUAUAAAUAAUGAUGACUUGUGGGUUUGCCAUCUUGACUGAAGCCUGUGUUUCAAUACCGAUUAAAUAGAUUUCAAUAUUUUAAAAUC